CGAGGUAUAUGUAUCCAUAUGAAUCCAUAAACAGGUUUUAACGAACUAAACGCUGUGUGUCGGAAAAUAUUCGUGAAAUAAGUGGUAGCAGGAAACCAGGGAGUCCGAAUGGCUACAGGCAAACAAAUACCCUGUGGUCCAUGUAGCGUUGAUGACGUCACUAAGAAUGCUUGGAGAUGGUGCACUAGUUGUGAAGAAGGAUUAUGUGAAGAUUGUGAAAACGUUCACAGAAGAAGCAAAGCCUCAAGAAAUCAUCAAGUUAUUUCAAUAGAAGAUUACAGCAAGAUUGAAAAUGUUUCAAUCUCCCAAGUUUGUGGGCAUCAUGGAGAAAACCUGGAGUGGUUCUGUAAAAUUCAUGACGAAGUCCUCUGUGUAGCUUGCGUCCCGUCAAAACACAAGGCAUGUUCCGAUGUUGUACCAAUAAGUGAAAGUUCGGCAAAUUCACGACAAUCUGCUUUAUUAUUUAACCUGGAAGAGACGAUUGAGGGAACUUUGCAGAACGUGACACUUUGCAUCAAGAAUCGUGAAUCCGCUACAAAGGAAUUCGAAAAACAAGAAAUGGCUGUCAAAACCAUGGUUCUUCAAACAAGAACGAAAAUAAACGUCCAUCUAGACAAGCUACAAGAAAAACUAUUAUACGAACUUAGAUCAACAUCUCAAACUUGCAAAUCAAAAUAUAUGAAAAUCCUUCAUAAGCUAAAAUCAACGGAAGAAAUGCUUAACAAACUAAGGGACGAAACAAAACACAUCAAACAAUUUUCUUCUGACAUACAAGUAUUUCUGGGAACGCGUCAGAUAAAUGAGCGGAUAAAACAAGAGGUAGAGUCCAUAAAAAACGAAAUCGGUGCUGCCAAGGACUAUGAAUUAAAAGUAUCUAUUCAUAGCUUAAUCGAAAAAGUAUCCAACGAAGUAAAAGACUUUGGUAAAAUAAUGGUUUCAGAAUCAUGCGCAAACCUUGAUUUCAGAGACCCAAAAUUCGAUCAAGCACAAAUUGAUAUCAACGUUCCAACGUCAAGAAACAUAUCCAACAUAAACAUGAUAAAGCUUCAGCUUAUAAAAUCAUUCCAAAUGACGAGUGAACAUAAAUUGAAUAUUACAGAUUGCGUCAUAUUGCCUAAUGGUCAUUUGCUGAUGACCAAUCACACAAAAGAAAGUAUUUUAAUAGAGUACAGCUAUGCAGGUGAUCACAUUCGUGACAUUCCUGUCGUUAGCGCACCGAGUGGUAUUGCAGUGAUAGAUCAAGAUCAUAUUGUUGUGUCGUACGGAGACUCGUUAUUUUUAGAAAUAAUGAAUUACAUUAAUUGCAACGUUGAAAAGAAAAUCUGUGUAGAAUCAAGUUGCAUCGGAGUAUCUCACGAGGAUGGGCGAAUUUACGUAUUAUAUGACGACCGUAUACAUAUCAUGGAUCUAUCGGGAAAACCAUUGGAAACAAUAAAGAUAGAAUCGAAAGGUCUAAGUUGUAUCAAAGUAAGCAAAAACAAGAUAUUUUACGCUGAUUACAAAACAAACAAAGUCUCUUGUCGUUUGAAAGGCAAAGACUUAUGGCAUUUCGAAAGUGACUCUAUUAAAUUUCCAUACCAUACAACAAUAGACUCAUACCAAAACGCUUAUGUUGUAGGUUACAAAUCCAACAGUCUAACAAUUAUACAGCAUGACGGGAAAACCAGUAGGACAUUACUGACAGAAUCAGAUGGAUUGAUGAAUCCACAAGCCGUGUAUUAUGACAAUGAUAAAAGAACAUUGAUGAUAUGCAAUGAAGGAGGAAAGGUUGCGUUGUACAAAGUGGUUUAGAACUUUUCAUAAUUCAUGAGACAUCUUCGUUCUAGAAAUUUAUGAUAUAUUUACACAAGGGAAAUAGUAUAAUAUUUUUU